AUGACAGAUGUCAGGUGGGGGCAGCACCCACAGGGAAAGGUGGGUCUUAUUUUCCUGGCAUGGCUGGGGGUGGCUGCUGAGGGGGGUAGAGAAGAGCUAGCAAUUUAUGUCUCGUGUUUAGUGACACAAUUCAGACACGGGGUAGGGGGCGUUUUCUUGAGUGACAGGUGUCACCACGAGUCCCACUGUGGGCUGGCUUCAUGCAGGGGUGUGUGUGCCUGGAAGGACAUCUCCCGUCCUACGCCCCCUUGCCCAGAUCCUUCCCUCACCUGUGGCUGCUUCUCCCAACUUGAGAACACACCAACCUCAGCAGGCAGGCCCUUUCCAGGUAGACCCCCGCCCAUCUUCUGA